AUGCAGCAAUGCUCGGUGCGUCGAGCCGACUUUCCGAAAAAUUCUGCUUGCUACAAUCGGAAGAACGACAAGCGGCUCAACUGUGGAUCAACAAGCAGUGUUUCAGUUUCGGAUAUCAAUGGAAAGGUGCUAUUACAUUUUGCCGACCGCACAACCUCAACCGCCGACUUUGUUAUCGGCUGCGACGGUAUACAUUCUAUCAUCCGCUCGCAGUACAUUGUCGACAAACCGCAAUACAGUGGCCGCAUAGCCUACCGCGGGCUUGUGCCAAUCGAUUCUAUCAAGGGAGGGUUGCCGUUUCCGACAUAUUCCAUGAGCUAUCUAGGCAGUGAUAAGCUUUUUUUAGUAUAUCCCAUUAGUAAGAACAAGACAUUGAAUGUUGUCGCAGACCGACAGGAGCUCGCCAGCAAGUUUUCCAAUUUUAGUCCAACAGUGCGUUUCGUUAUUGAUCAGAUGCCUGCACAACCCACAAAAUGGCUAUUGAAUGAUAGGGAGUGGAUCCACCAGUGGACUUUUGCUGGAGGGAAGCUUGUUCUUCUUGGGGACGCUACUCAUGCGAUGCUACCUCACCAAGACCUGAAACACUCUUGCCCAUAUCCUAAUAAACCGGUCCAUUAUAAAUAUAUCUUUAAAAUGCCUACUCUCAAGGCCGGCGACAGCUUCCCCUCGGACGUAGUCUUCUCCUACAUUCCCUACACCGAGGAGAAGGGCGACAUCACCGCGUGCGGUUUGCCCGUAGCAUACAAUGCCUCCAAAGAGUGGGCCGACAAGAAAGUCGUCGUUUUCGCUGUUCCGGGAGCCUUCACUCCUACUUGUUCGGUGAGCCACUUGCCCGGCUACAUCCAAAACCUGCCACAAUUCAAGGCCAAGGGCGUUGACGUCGUGGCCGUUGUGGCAUACAACGAUCCUUUUGUCAUGAGCGCAUGGGGCAAGGCGAACAAGAUUACUGACGACUCCAUUCUGUUCUUGUCGGACCUCGAUGCCAAAUUCUCCAAGAGCAUCGACUGGGCAGACGCCGCCUCAGGCCGCACCGGACGCUAUGCUCUGGUUAUCGACCACGGCAAGGUUACAUAUGCCGAUAUUGAAACCGAGAGAGGUGCUCUCAAGGUGAGUUUUAAACCUAACCCCCAAGGUUUCUCUGGCAGAAAACUUGUGUUUUUUUAA